AUGACCGGUCUCAUUGGCGCAUUACACGAGCGGCAUCAUCUGGUGGACUUCAGCGUCCCUUUGUGGCUGGACGGGAAGACCAUCAUGUACAAGAGGCCAGUGCGAGGUUCAGAUAUUGCGGGCUUCGUGAAACCUUUUACGCCGGAGUUGUGGAGCCUCGUGAUGGCCAGCACCUGCCUCGCCUUCCUGGUCACGGGCGCAGUCCAUCUCGGCCAGGCCCUUGUUCCUGGCGGCGACGCGAAACAAGAAGGAAAACGGUCAGGUGGAGAUCAACCGAUCCGAGAGGAGGUUCUCUACAGCGCAAACAAAUCCUUUCUCUGGACCUUUUCGACGCUUCUUGGGCAGUUGUCUGAUGUAGUGAUCGUAAAGAUAUACAAAAUUCGAAAUAGAUCUAAAUAUAGCAAAGGAAUAUUUUUAAUCUUACUUGAGAUUAAAACAUCACCGAAGUCAUAUUACCUGAAUACCGUGGCCCACGUGCCCUGCAGCGCCCCCGUCCGCGUCUUCGCCGGCGUGUGGCUCGUGGCGUCCCUCGUGGUCGGCACCGUCUACCGCUCCAACCUGAAGGCCAUGCUCAUCCUGCCGAAGUUCUACCUCCCGUUCGACAACCUGGCCCAGUUCGUGGAGACGGACAUCCAGCUGUUCACGGCCAAGAAUGCGCUCAUGGACAGGGCCAUCCAGGAAGCUCCCCCGGACUCGCUCCUGGGAAGGCUGAAGGAAAGGAAGGUCGCCCACCACGACCUCUUCAGGGCUUUCCAGGACGUGAAGGAAGGCGUCCUCGCCGGGUCGGGUUCCAAGGUCUCCGGCUGGUUCUUCCUGCACAACGAUUUCUCGCUGACAGGCAAAUGCAACACUUAUAUGAUGUCCGAGUUGAUGUUCCAAACGACGAGUCAGUGUCUGGCCUUUCCCAAAGGGUCUCGUCUGAAGCCAAAAGUGGAUAAAGCGAUCCACGGCCUGAAGGAGUUCGGGAUCCUGGACCACCUCCUGCGCCGCACCAUCCGCAACGCGACGGAGUGCCUCAAGCCCCUCGGCGCCCAAGCCGACACCUCCCUUCGGCCGCUGGAACUCGGGGACUUCUACGGCGUCUUCUGCAUCUACCUCGGAGGCAUGGUCGUCUCCGCCGUCGUCUUCCUCGCCGAAAAGGUCAUCGGUUUUCGCUCAACUCGAAGCAAGAGAAGAGCAGAGGAUGAGGUCACUGAAGGUCACUGGAGGUCACUGGAGGUCUCUGGAGGUCAGAGACGAUGA